AUGGCGUCUUCCAAGGUCACCUCUGGUUUGGCCAAGGUCCUCGGCAUCAAGCUCGACGAAAGAGAGCACGCCGACAAGCUCACGCGCGGCGAGUCUGUCUUUUCCGUCUCUAGCGCCGACACCUAUGUCGAGGAGGAGCCCACGGUCGGCGAGUGGUUCAAAGAAAUCACUCCCUCGGGCGCCGAUCUCGGGAGAUAUGUCAAGAGCCUCUUCCCCUUCCUGCACUGGAUCGGAAACUACAACCUGCAAUGGCUUUACGGCGACCUGGUUGCUGGUAUUACCGUCGGCGCUGUCGUCAUCCCUCAGGGAAUGGCCUACGCCAAGCUGGCCCAGCUGCCGGUUGAGUACGGUCUCUACUCCUCUUUCAUGGGUGUCUUGAUCUACUGGUUCUUUGCUACUUCUAAGGAUAUCACGAUCGGACCCGUCGCCGUCAUGUCUACCGUCACUGGAAACGUCGUCCUCAGAGCCAUCGAGAAAUUCCCGGAGUACGAGGGCCAUCAGAUUGCGUCCGCUCUUGGCAUAAUCUGUGGUGCAAUUGUUUGUUUCCUGGGUCUCGUCCGCCUCGGAUGGCUUGUGGACUUCAUCUCUCUCACGGCCAUUUCCGCUUUCAUGACUGGCUCCGCCCUCAACAUUGCAGCUGGCCAGGUUCCUGGAAUGAUGGGCAUCACCGGCUUCUCCACUCGCGAAUCCACCUACAAGGUCAUCAUCAACACCCUCAAGCACCUUCCUGACACCCAGCUGGAUGCCGCCAUGGGUCUUACGGCACUUGCCAUGUUGUAUCUGAUCAGGAGCGGAUGUACCCUCGCGGCCAAGAGGUACCCGACCAAGGCCAAGCUCUUGUUCUUCCUGUCCACUCUUCGCACCGUCUUCGUCAUCCUCCUGUACACCUUGAUCAGUUUCCUUGUCAACCGCCACCACCGUGGAACGAAGGAGCGCAAGUUCAAGAUCCUUGGCAGUGUUCCCAGAGGUUUCCAGCAUGCCGCUGUUCCCAUCGUCAACAGCAAAAUUAUCUCCUCGUUCGUUACCGACUUGCCUGCCUCUGUCAUCGUCCUUCUCAUCGAGCACAUCUCUAUCUCGAAGUCUUUCGGUCGCGUGAACAACUACACGAUCGAUCCCUCCCAGGAGAUGGUUGCGAUCGGUGUCAGCAACCUUCUCGGACCGUUCCUUGGCGGAUACCCGACCACCGGGUCUUUCUCGAGAACUGCCAUCAAGUCGAAGGCUGGUGUCAGGACUCCAUUCGCUGGUGUCAUAACCGCCGUUGUUGUCCUCCUCGCCAUUUACGCCUUGCCCGCAGUCUUCUUCUACAUCCCGAACGCCACCUUGUGUGGCGUCAUCAUCCAUGCCGUUCUUGACCUCAUCACCCCACCGAACACAGUGUACCGCUUCUGGAGGAUUUCCCCGCUCGAAGUUCCGAUUUUCUUCGCCGGUGUGCUCGUGACUGUUUUCAGCACGAUUGAGAACGGUAUCUACACGACCAUCUGCGUGUCGGCAGCGCUUCUCCUCUUCCGCCUGUUCAAGGCGCGCGGUCGCUUCCUUGGUAGGGUCAAGGUUCGUUCGGUCGAGGGCGAGCAUCUGCUGGGCGACGAGCCGAAGUCGAAGAGCAUCGACGACGCUUUGAAGCCGAAGACCAGCAGCAGGGACAACGAGGACUCGACGAGGGAGGUGUUCCUGCCCAUCGAUCACCACGACGGCACCAACCCCGACGUGGGCCUUCAAACGCCGGCGCCUGGCAUCUUCAUCUAUCGGUUUUCCGAGGGAUACAACUACCCCAAUGCCAACCACUACCUCGAUUACAUGGUUGCAACGGUGUUCCAGCAGACUCGGCGCACCAACCCGCACGCGUACGGCAAGUUGGGUGACCGUCCGUGGAACGACCCGGGCCCACGCCGCGGCAAGGCGGCUGAGGUUGACGACCACAAGCCCACGUUGAAGGCCAUCAUCCUGGAUUUCUCGUCGGUCAACAACGUCGACAUCACGUCGGUGCAGCACCUGAUCGACGUGCGCAACCAGCUCGACCGUUACGCAUCGCCCGAGACGGUGGAGUGGCACUUUGCUUGCAUCAACAACCGAUGGACCAAGCGUGCGCUCGCAGCAGCCGGAUUCGGAUUCCCCACCCCGGAUCUCCAGACGGGCGAGUCUUACGCUCGCUGGAAGCCCAUCUUCUCGGUGGCGGAGCUUGGCGGUGCCGACAGCGCAGCCAACGCGGCGGCGGUGGAAGAGGACGUCGAGUACCGGUCGACUCGCCAAGCGGACGAGGAGAACGAGAUCCACGGCGAGCGCAGCAGCUCAUCGGAGGACGGGGUCCGCAACAGCAUCAACAAGACGGCCAGCCAAGUCAAGUACAACGAGAAGUCGAAGCAGGUUCUGGUGCACGGCGUCAACAGGCCGCUGUUCCACAUUGAUCUGACCAGCGCUCUGAUCUCGGCGGUGCAGAACGUCGAGCGCCGGAGGAUAUACGGACAGAAGAACUACGGCGGCACCGAGGGAAGCGACAUCAGCAACACCAAGGACGCGUGA